AUGAGUUACUCUACAGCAGAAGAAGGGAGAAGAAGAAGGAGAUGCAGUGAAGGUAAAAUUGCCAUUUUCUGUUUGUGGGUCUUCCUGUUUCUUCCUCAGCUCAGCUUACUUGCUACUGUUGCUGCUGUUGGUGGUGGUGACAAUGUUAAUGGAAAACCAGUUUGGUCCCUGCCAAGAAGAGCCAGGUUUCUUGACUUGGCUUCAAUUCCUGUUGCCUCUAGUCCAGACACAUUAGAGGUCAACAAUGGUGAUGUUGGUGCCUUAUAUGGAGAAGAUAAGAGAAAGAUUCAUACGGGUCCCAAUCCCCUUCACAACUAG